AGACGAUGGUUCAGACGAUGUGGCUCUGACGUUAAAGGUUGAUGGUUGAAUGUUUACUUUAGUUCCUGUCUCUGCAAUAUUUGUUCAGGAAUGAAACAAAAUCAAUUCUCUGGACAAACUUGAGCAUGUCAUAUUAAUAUGCUCCUAGUUUGGAACAUGACUUAGGUUCUUACAUAUGUAGAAAUCAUGAUAUGGCUGGCAUCAUAUUUACAACUGACAUUUAUGUCCUAAACUCCUAAAGAAAGCCCUCCCAGACUUCUAUUUCAAAAUUUCAAGGACAAUUUCUAUAGUAGAUUGGUUUUUACUAUGUCUUCAAAUACAAUAGUUGUUGUUAACAAGGAGCCAUAUGAUGGGGGGAAACAAUUAAAAUCUGAUGGACCUGAUAAAAGUGAUGAUCUUAAGAUUUUGUGGUUUGACAUAAGCCAUCUUAGUUCUGUUAAUCAAUUCUUCGUUUGCUGUCUUGCUAUCUUCAUAUUUUACUUACUUUAUGGUUACCUCCAGGAACUUUUGUUUACAUUAGACAGCCUGAAAACAUGUGGAUGGUAUCUUACCCUCAUUCAGUUUGGAUAUUAUUCUAUUUUUGGGAUUAUAGAAAUGAAACUGAGAGGCUUGAGGGGAAGGAAGAUUCCUCUGAAAAUUUAUUUCAUACUUGCAUUCCUUACAUUAGGAACUAUGGGCUUUUCCAAUUCAUCUCUGCAGUACCUUAACUACCCAACUCAGGUCAUCUUUAAAUGCUGUAAACUAAUUCCCGUGAUGAUUGGAGGAAUUUUAAUCCAAAAAAAAGUGUAUGGUACACUUGAUUUUUUAGCUGCUUUUUGUAUGUGCCUUGGACUUACUCUCUUCACAUUAGCUGAUAGCCAAAUAUCUCCUGUAUUUAGUUCAAUGGGAGUUUUGAUGAUAUCAUGUGCCUUACUGUGUGAUGCAGCGAUUGGAAACGUCCAGGAAAAAUCAAUGAAACUUCAUAAAGCCAGUAAUGCAGAAGUUGUUCUGUACUCUUACAGCAUUGGCUUUGUGUACCUUCUUGUGAUUCUACUUUUUAGUGGAAACUUGACUCAAUCCGUUAGGACGUGCUCACAGAAUCCUCCAUUUACAUAUGGAUUUUGUUUACUAUUUGCACUCACUGGGUACCUUGGUAUUCAGGUGGUUUUAAUACUUGUUAGAACAAGUGGUGCAUUGGCUGCAGCAACAGUCACAACAUGUCGUAAAGCUAUUUCAAUUGUGAUAUCUUUUUUAUUUUUUGCCAAACCAUUCACAUUUCAGUAUUUAUGGUCCGGACUCCUUGUAGUAUUGGGAAUUUAUUUAAAUGUUUGUAGUAAAAACAAAACUUUGAGACAAAACUUGACCAGUGCCCCAAAGAGAAUAAUUGAUUAUUUUUCAAAUUGUUUUUCAUCAAAACAACCAUCAAGAACUCUUCUAAGCGUUUAG